AUGACUAUCGAACCUUUCCAGACCACCUUCGCGGUCCCAAUGACCUGCGAGGGUUGCGUUAAAGAUGUCUCCGCGUCGCUCCAGAAGUUGGACGGGAUCAGCAAGGUUGAGGCCAGCCUGAAGGAUCAACUGGUCUUCAUUGAGGGCACCGCGCCGCCCAGCUCCAUUGUCACUGCCAUCCAAGCUACGGGUCGUGAUGCGAUCCUGCGAGGAAGUGGCACCUCUAACAGUUCCGCGGUGUGCAUCCUCGAAACACAUUCCACUGCCGUCUCGAACAAGAUCCGCGGUCUCGCACGGAUGGUUCAGGUGUCGUCCACUAUGACCCUGGUGGAUCUGACGAUCAAUGGCCUCGCUCCGGGCAAGUACGUGGCGACCGUGCGCGAAGCGGGCGAUAUCUCGCAAGGAGCGGCGUCGACGGGAGGCAUUUGGGAGGCCGUCAAGGCCAAGGUAUUGGGCUCGCCGGAGCCCGCUAAGGAACCACGUGGGGUCUUUGGGUCCGUGGAGGUCGACGAAAAGGGACGCGGCAAUGUCUUUUUGGACCGACCGGUCGCGAUCUGGGAGAUGAUUGGCCGCAGUAUGGUGGUGUCAAAGAAUGCCGAGGGCCCCUUUGACCGGGAGGACUCGAACACAUUGGUUGGGGUCAUCGCUCGUAGCGCGGGGGUGUGGGAUAACGACAAGAUGGUGUGUUCCUGCUCCGGCAAGAAUGUUUGGCAGGAGCGGCAGGAGCAGGUCUCCCAAGGAAUGAGGGCAUAA